AUGUUAGUGAUAUUAAAUCGAAGUUUGAUUAACAAAACAUCGGUUUGUUUACGCACCAGUUCUUAUAUUGGUUCGCUAAAUGGCGUAAAGUCGUUUGGUACCUCUUCGAUGGCACAGGUAACAUACGACACAUUGAUUAUCUUAUCAGAUGAUGUAGAUAUUCACAGUAAAAAUUCUGAAAUUGUUCAGCAGGAACGAAAAGUAAACGUGGAUGGGGUGGAUAUCAAUUGUUUGAGUGUAGGAACGGGUGAACAUCCAGUUUUGCUUCUACCUGGUGCUGCAGGUUCGAUAUGGACAGACUUCAAACCACAAAUAGAGGGUCUCGACAAAGAGAAGUUCACCAUAGUCGCUUGGGAUCCACCCGGUUAUGGCAAGUCCAGACCACCCGAUAGGAAAUUUCCAGAAGACUUCUUCCAACGUGACGCUGUUUGGGCUAAUAAUUUAAUGAAAGUUUUGGGCCACUCGAAAUUUUCGUUAAUAGGAUGGAGCGAUGGAGCCAUUACUUCGUUGAUACUCUCCUCAAUGUUCCCUGAAAAUAUUAGAAAAAUGGUAGCCGUUGCAGGGAACUCGUACAUAAGUCCAAAAGAAGUAGAAAUUUACAAAAAAUUCAGAGACAUCGACACUUGGUCGGAGAAAAUGCGAGCACCGAUGAUACAGGUUUAUGGAGAGGAGUAUUUUCGAAAGAUCUGGACCGGCUGGGUCGACGGCGUUGAGAAAAUAUACGAAAAACAAAAUGGCGACAUUUGCAAAGGGUGUCUGUCGAAAAUCAAAUGUCCCACUUUGAUCGUUCAGGGAAACAAGGACGCGAUGGUUCUCCCUGAGCAUCCUGUUUACCUGAAGGAACACAUCGCGGGAGCAAAAUUGAAGCUGAUGGAAAAUGGGGCCCACAACUUGCACCUGCGAUACCCAGAAGAAUUCAACGCUCUCGUCACCGAAUUUCUCACGGAAUAAUCAUCGAACUGUUUCUUUUAUACGUUCUAAUUUUUUGUAUGAGCAUUUACACAUGUUUUUAUACGUUCUAUUAAAGUGAUACUCAAGGAAAAGAAGCGUGUCGUAUUUCUUU